GACUGACCGGAUCAACGAGAUUUCCAGUGUGUCUCUCUCUCUUUUAUCACCAGUGCUGACAAAAGAGACCGCUUCUCACGAAAAAAACAGCAGGUGAAUAUUAUCCAACUGGAAAAGAGGAACGAAACUCGAAAGACCGCGACGUUUUAUCCCGCUCGCUUCCGCCCCGCACGAACACCAUCUUAGCGUUGAUCGCGACCGUUAAAGAUCGUGUCUACCGUCAACGUUUCAAGCCUUUUGGCCAGAAGCUCACCGAGUCUCGUUGGAAUAUUACAGCCAAUACGAGUCUGCAGAGAAAUGGUGUCGUGUUCUACAUCUCAAUUAUGGAUGAUAAGAAACAGAGGAAACACAUCGGAAAGAGGACCGAGAUUAUCGAGAUCGACGUCAGUCACCGCAACAAGACGGAUUAAGAUGUUGGUGGUUGCGCAAACCGUGUUCCUCCUGGUCACUGGCGCCGGGCUACAGAUGGUCUCUUCGGCACCCACACCUGCACACAGCGACGUUACCACCGUUGCUGGACAGGCUAAUGACAGUAGCCUAUUAACGGAGGCCAAAUUAAUGGACAUUGUUAGAGAAGAAGGAAACAAAAGCACAGCGAUUCAUCUCGGCCAUGAAUGGUGGAGAAAAGGAGAAGUUGAAGAACCGCCUGAUAUCCGUUCUCGCAACGAUCGCCAGUAUUUCACUAACUCCAAGACAUCACCUGGACUCUACACGAUCAACAAAAACGAUGUCCACCAUGCAGGCACGCCAUCUGCUUUAUCUUCGUCCCAACCAUCGAUAAUGGCAAGGACGAACACAACGAGGAUCGUCAAAGAGGAAAAUCUGGAGGACAUGAUUUUCAAUAUCGUCAUUCAAAAAGAGCGGGCUGACAAAUCGGCAUUUAUUGCGCCCGAUGUCAAUUGGCUGAGAGAUUUGGUACCCAAGGUGGUCGACGUUGCCGACAAACCCGAGACACUCAUCAAAGAAACAAUAGUCAACGCCAUAGAUGGCGAACAUGCCGUCGAAAUCGAACAAAUCAAAGACAGGCGAUUGUUUGUCAACGUCGUCAAGUCGGAAAUCGGAUCGGACGUCGAGGUGCCCGACAUCCUCGCUCGACUCAGCAAUCUAAUGAAGACGGGCGGUCCAGCCGUCGAAUCCAUCCUCCUUGAAAGCAGAGACAUUGCCGAGCCAGAGAACUCCAUUUACGUCAUCAACAUCAUCAUUUUCAACAUCGUCGUUUUAGAAGCUCCCGUCGAAAAGCCCGUCUUUGUCAAAGACAAGGUCAGCAACAUCGAGCAAGACAUUACCGAAGAUUCUUAUCUCGUAGCUCUGCGAGAAUCGCAACAAAAUCGAUUGGGUUCUUCUCCGAUCGGUCGCCAUAAAAACCCAUCACCCGCCAUCGCAUUAGAAGACAAUCAAUCGAGGACUCCAGACUCUGCCAUCGCAGAAGAUUCUUACAUUGUAGCUCUCAGAGAAUCGCAAAAGAAUCGCAAUAAAAGCUCUUCUCCAUCCAUCCAUCAUCACCACCAUCAUGAAGAGAAGCAUCCUCACACUAGACCACAUCAUGUAGUCGUUGAAAAAGUAUCAGACCAGCAAUUCAACGGCCAUUACCUGACCGAAGUACCGACGUACGCCUACGCUUCGACGGCCAGACCUUUGAUGGCUAUGGAGAAAGACUAUCUACGUCGAUUUACCAUCAAACCAACCCAGCCAUCGGUGGCGGUCGAACAGGGACAACCGAUGGAAGAACAAGAACAACCGAUAGAAGAACAAGAACAGGAUGAAGUGGACCAAUCGGCGGCUGAGCAAGGACUGCUGACCAACGUUCAAGAACAUUUGCCUACAUUACUAGUCGACCCGAAUGCCAGCCUCGAGUUUGUUAAUUUACCAACGGGGCCGUAUUUUACUAAUCCAAGUUUCGAUGUUACGCAGAUUGUCAGCACGGAACCUUCGUCGAUUGAGAAACCGCCUGAGAUCGAGGCCGUUGUUGUCGAUGUUGCGCAGACGGCCGGCAACAAUCAUAUACGAGUGACUACGAAGAAACCGGUAACGAAGAAGCCGUUGAUAGUCAGAGUGCCUGAAGCAGUGGGUGUCAUGACUAAUAAGGCUACUAAUAUCGUGCGGAAUCGAAUCAGGACAGUCGGUUUAUUCGGCAUUCCCAUGAUGGUCGGGCUGGCCAGCACGGUCAACUCGUGGUUACCGACUGUGACGGCGUUAGGCCGCCGCAGAAGGAAGCGCUCAAUCACGGAGGUGGACGAUUGGCAAGACAAUCAUCGCCACACUAGCCGGGCUAUUGAAGUCGCUCAAGUGCUGGCCCGCUUGAUGGGCAAACGUUACACGGAUGCGAGCAAAGAAUCCCAUCAACAGUCCGUUGUUGAUAACCAGGAAUAUGGAGAUCAAGAAUGGUCCUCAGCAUCGACGAUGAAUUCAAAGAAUGAGGCUAGGGCUAACCGACGGAAGUGGUUUCCCUUUCGACGGACGGGCAACACACGCGUGAAUUCAGAGCGUCGCCCGAGCACCAGACGUGCGACGUUUGCAAGAAAAAUGAAAGACCUAAAAUCUAAUACUCGAAAAUACAUGACGCCGUUGUUCUACACGACGUUUUUCGCCAACGAAGAUUCGCCUAACGUGAUGGAACAUGAUCAGUCCAUAACGAGUGAGCUGCAAAAUGAAACUUUGGAUGACGUGGAACCACAACAGGCCACAGAAGACGUCAUGGAACAUCGGGAAAAUGUUGUAGAAGAUCAAGAGGCCAUAGAAAAUGUUGUAGAAGAUCAAGAGGCCAUAGAAAAUGUCAUUGAACGUGCAGAGGUUGUAGAAGGCGUCAUGGAACAUCGGGAAGUCAUAAAAGACGAUGCGCAGAGCACAGAUCCAAUGACUAAUUCAGCUGUGGGUCCUCCAGUCGAAUACGACGACUACCAACCGGAAGAAGUGGAAACCAAAAUGGCAGACAAAAUCGAUGAUAACCCGGAAGAGGAGUUUUCGCAAAUGUUUCCGGCUCUCAAUCCACCUUCCGGCUUUGAUUUCGACAUUGUGUCCAACUUCGUCAGAGCCAUGAUGAUGAACAACGAAGAGUACGACGACGGUCCGCCGGAAACGAGGGAAGAAGUCUUCUGGGUCAAAGAGGCUACCAUUGUCAAUACGACUCAGACGGUCAGCAGCAAACCACAGAAAUUCGGCGGUUCCAGCAUGUUGCUUUUGAAACCGAGCGGAGGACCAACUCGAUUGACAUCUAGCGGAAUUAAUGGCAGCACAGUGAGCGUCUUCUCGGCCGAUCCGCUCAUGCCCAACUACAUCAACAACGAGAACGUGACCAACAGUCCAAUCACUUACGUGUCCGUUAAAUCACCGACCAAAGUGACUUGGCUUGGAGUUGGUCCGCCCGAUGUUAUAACAUCCAGCACGCAGUCCUCAUCUUCAGCAGAAAAUGAUCCAACUGGUGAAAUCAACGAUGAAAUCCCUCUUGAUUUACCACCCAGCGAAGUCGUUGGAGCCCCACUGCAAUUUUACGACGAAGAAACGGACAACUACGUCUCGAAAGAAGUGCCGAGCAUUCCAGGUCCUCCGACCGUUUCGUACUACACCGAACGAACGCCAAGUACCGAUCGGACACCUAGCAAUGAUAUCACAUCAGAACAAUCUUCAGUGAUCAAAAUACAAGAGAUAACUAAACCAGCCCGGCCAGUAUCGACUGAUCUUCGUCCAGGUCUCUCUUCAUUGUUGCUCACCAUCGCCAGUUUCAACCGGCCCAGACUUCCGCCGCCCGUUGAAGUGUCCAAUAAUGUUUCCACAAUCAAAUACACCAUAGGACAAGGAUUCGCAACGCAGCCGCAAAGUGAAUACAACGGAGACACAACAGACAAGUACACUCACGGUCACGGCAUCGUAUCGAAGCCGGACGAUGUAUCUAAAUACACCCACGGUCACGGCAUUAUCGUCACAAAUGCUCCGACCUAUGAGUUUAAUUCGCAGGUCGGAGAAUCUUCGCUCCUGUCCAGCUCGUCCGAUAACAACAACGUCCUAUCCAAUUUAAUCAAGGGGACGGGCGCUAGUGAAAAUGAUGGACCAACAACACCUACCCUGUUGGGCGAGACUAGCAUUCAAUUCGUCGGGAUGUACGGUGGUACAUCGGUGGACAGCACAGUCGGUCCUUUCACAGCGACGGGCAUAUCGGAUAGCGAAGAAUUAGACUCGACGUUGGAUGAUUUGAUCACGCAAUUGCAAGCGAACAUGACGACCGGUUUAGUGUCGACAGACCGGCCAUUGGGAGGCAUCCAUUUCACGAAUACAUCCACCGAUAUCGUCAUCAUCAACCCGUUCGUGACACCCAGUUCCGUCUUCCCGCAGUUGCAAGUGGAAGCCAUCGAAGCUGAAGAUGGCGACACGUUCGGUUCAAUUGAUGACACGGCCAUCGAUGCGGAUGAUACGAUCGUCGUCGACGCCCAGGAUGGGGAUCAACCAGACUCGGUGCCCAAUGUUUCCAAUCUAGCCAAUCUCUUCUUUACCUCAUCCGGAAGCAGCAGCUCUUCCGCUGGUUCUUCCGGCUCGUCUGGUGUCAGCAACGGAGGUGGUGGCGUCUCUGGUGAUUCCGUUUCCUCUUCCACCGCAAACCCAAUCGCUUUGUUCUACACUUUCGGAUUGGCCGCUGUAGGCAUUUUGGCCUUGACAUUGCCAUUAUGGGUUCCGUUUGUGGUCGCCAAGAUGAAACGCCGAACGUAUGCGCCAUCGAAGACCUAUCCGGCCAGCAAGAAGAAGCCAACGUACGGCUAUCCUUCAUCACCACCCAAAAAGACAUACGCAGAGCCACCUCCGAAUCAUUACCAAGACCUGGAUGAAGAAGAAUUAUACGGCAAUGAACAUUACCUCGAUCAACAUCAAGUGGGCAGUGUUUUAUCCCAACCACAAUAUCAGAGCACGACCAUUGAAGAUUUAUACCGUCCUAGUGUGGGUGAUGUCCUCAGCACCAAUUCGGACGACCACUACAUCUUCCGUGAUUCGAUAGCGCUCAAUCCGGAGGACGACAUGUUCCAUAAUCCUGGACCUCUUAGCUCUGAAACCAUCUACGGCUCGCCGGCGCGUAUUUAUUUGAAAGCAAGACGUAAACGUUCCAGCAGAUUCAAACGAUCCAACAAGCGAUAAAGUUUAUUAAGAAAUAUGGCGUGUAAAUAAGUUUAUUGACGUGAGGAUUCACGUCUUAGUCUCCUUCUACUAUGACGUUGAUUGUAAUUAGCACAUGAACGAUAGCUUUAACCCAACAAUUCUAACUGCAUCUCCAGUGAACCGAAGGGCUUCUGGUAUUUUCAUCAAAUGUUUUAUCUUUCAACGUUCCUCAAAUGAACAUUAUACGUGGACAUGUUGCGUAUUCAGAAAUGACAAGUCAAAGCCUAAACUCUGUUCUGAAUGGAUAAUGGAACGCUAGGCUUGCACCUCAGAUCACCAGUUACUCCAAAUCAGUCACGUCGAAUGAUGCUGUCCGGUGGCUGGGUUUCCUUCAUAAAAACAUCGCUAACUUCAUGCUCAUUUUCAGUGGACUUUGAAUGUCCAUCAUUAUCUGUACAACUUAUGUUGGUAGCAAUCACGAUGAUUGCUUACAUCAUACGCGUAGAAGGUUUGGAAUUAUCGAGAUGAUAAUCAACACCAUACACCACAAAAUGUUGACUGUACAAAUGACAUUUCACGAUUCGUGUCAAUUGCUUUGCUCUUUUCUCGUCAUCAUAGUCCCGCAGAGAAAAGAAAUAGUGGCAUGAGACAUUCUGAGACCUUCAAAGUUGUUUGGCAAUUGCAAAUCGCUGUGGUAUUAGUUUAAAAGAAUAAGCCAUAGUUUAACAACGUGCACUUAAUUACCAAACCUAAGAAAGCUGCUCAGGUAUUUACCACUGAAACUGCGCAGAGAUCCGCGGACAAACACAUUCCUGGAAAUUACUUUUAUUAUACAAUGUUCAUGGUUUAAAAUUACUGCUUUCAAUUGUUGAUUCGUUUAGAGUUUGAUUCGUGUUAAUUUUUUUUUUCGUCGGCGUGGCCUUUGUUUAUUUUUAUACAAAAAAAAAUGUGCUUGGCCUGAAGUUUAUAUAGCUCCUAUUCAUGUAUUUAAUUGUAUCAUAAAUUGUUAUUCUUCUCGUUAAGUUUGACUUGGGCUUAAAUUCGCUCUUUCCCGUUUCAUUUGUUGCUGUUUUACGUCAUUAUAUUCAUAUAUGUAACCAUAUAUUUUUCUAGCAAGCAUUUCACCACAUAUACCAGUCAGACCAAUAUAAUAUCAGCUUGUUAUAUUU